AUGGAGUCGCGCUAUACCGCGUCCUCGCCAUACGGCGACACUCGGCUCUCCACCCCGACCGCAUCCUCUUCCCACCACACUAGCCCAUACGAAGACAACGUCGACGUCGACACGGUCGACUACUACGACGACCAACCUAUACCCGCACCACACCACCUCGCCACCUCCCAUUCGCUCUCUCCCUACCCGACCUCGCCUGCACACCAUUCAGAGAUGCAGGAACUCCACCCGGCACCAUCCGGCUUCCUCCUCUCCCAAUCGCCCUACCUCCCGACGCUACCCUCGGCUCCCGAAUCCAUGCACGCAGGAACCUACAUGCCCUCCUUCACGAGUCACGAUUCGCUCUACAACAAGCCUUCGCCGUACGACGACCUCGACUCGGCUUCAACCUACUAUUCCCAUCGAGACUCUACCGACGCUUGGGGGCUGUAUGACGCCGAACACGACGGCGCGAGGAUGUCGCUUGCCCAGACGAGGGAGCGAUACAUCCAACGCAAAUCCGCCGCAUUCGCAGCGACCGAUUCGGCUGUUUUCGCUGUAUCACCUUCCCCUCCCUCGAAAUGGUCUCGCUUCAUCCCACCUCAACGGUACCGCAAACACCUCAUCAUCGCAGGCUCCGUCACUGCCGCAGUCAUCUUCGCCAUCAUCAUCUUCUUCUCCACCCGUCACAACACCAAUUCCACCAUCGUCGACGAUCCGUCUUUCCUCCCCGGCAACACUGGCGCGGGGAAACCUACCGCCGGAGUGGUGAGCUCGGAUUCGUCGGACCCGUCGAUCUUCACCAAAGAUGCGCGGCUCCACCGCUCCAUGUACGGGAUCUGCUAUACGCCCUUCCACGCGCAAUACCCUGCGUGUGGGACGACGCAGUCCAACGUCACGGAGGACAUACAGCUGCUCUCGCAGCUGACUUCGCGCAUUCGGCUGUACGGGAGCGACUGCAACACGUCCCAGCUCGUACUCGAGGCGAUCAAACAGACGAAAGUCGAUAUGAAGAUUUUUCUCGCCGUGUGGAUCGAUACCAACGCAACGACGGUGCAGCGUCAGAUCGAUAACGUCGUGGAUGCGAUCAAGACCUACGGUGUCGACAACAUCGACGGCAUCACUGUCGGAAACGAGUUCCUGCUCAACGGCGGUAGCGAAACCACUCUUCUCGGGUACAUCUCCACCGUCAACACAACGAUCAACUCCCUCGGUCUUCCCAAGUACAUCCCCAUAGGGACCGCCGAUGCUGGAAGUAUGAUCACAACCACGCUCGCCACCGGUGCCGAUUACAUCAUGGCCAACGUCCACCCAUGGUUUGGCGGUCUACCCGUCGACCAGGCUGCUGGUUGGGUGUACGAGUACACCUCCACCAACGCCCCUUCCACCGCCCUACUCGCUCCGAACAAACCUACACUUUACGUCGCGGAAGCAGGCUGGCCAACAGCUGCCAACGAAACCCGUCUCGCCACCUACCAAGCCGCCGUCGCCGGUGUAGGCCACCUCAACACGUUCCUCCACAACUUCGUCUGCCAGUCCAAUGCCAACUUUACCGCUACCGCUCAACAGGCGAGCUUCAUCUUUGAAGCAUUCGACGAACCUUGGAAGGAUCCCCUGUACGGUGGCGUGGAGGCUCAUUGGGGUUUGUUCGAUAGCAAUAAGCGUUUGAAGGAUGGGUUGACUAUUCCUGAUUGUGUCGCUCCAUGA